AUGCCAAAGAGGGACUCGCACGGAGACGAAGGCGAAAGCAAGGGGCAGGGCGGAGGGGAAGAGGACCUCCUGGCAAAGGCGAUCAAGCAUUGCUGGAGCGACAAUUUCCUCGAUGUCUUUCGAGCUUACUUCCGCAAGCAUGCGGAAGUAUUCGAGGUGAUGGCGGAUGGGAAGUCCGAAGAGCACGCCCUUGAGUACCAAGAGUUGUUCAAUGAGUACUUGUUGAUCUUCGAGGGGAAGCUGGAGGAGUUCAUAGAGAGGGAAGGGAGCACAAUCAACGAGUUCUACAAUGUCAUCAGAGACCACCAGACCAACCCAGACCCGCAGGUACAGCUGUUCAUCAACUGCUUGUUGGCCUCCGCCGACUACGACAGCUUUUUCAACGUCAUGAAAAAGGAGGCCGAGAAGUCUCUGAGGAAGAAGCGCCAUCUUGGUCAGGAGAGCAAGCCAACCGCCGGAAGCGAGGGUAAGGAGCCGGACUCGGUGCCACGAGGUGGUGUCCCUUCCACGGGGGAGGGGAAAUAUUCGGAAGAUGACCGGCGUCACUCGGGCGAGCGUUCGUACAAGUAG